AUGCUGUCAACAGCUUCUACAGUGAGAGGGUUGGAGAGUGCUCAAUUCCCAAAUAUAAGCCUGGAUACGGCGAUUGAAAGUGCAAAUAUGGCCCAAAGUGGCGAGGAGGCAGGCGGCACAGCAGAUGUGUCUAACAAUGCUCGUUUGAACUUCGAUAACACAACGGCGACAGAUAAACCAGCAGUGGCUACUCCAGAUCUCAAUUACUACUUGAAUUACUCAGUGGAGUCCCCCGCAGCGGCAACGGACUCGAGUACCACGCCGGUGAGUGUUUCGAACAGCAAGAAACUGGCUCCAAAUACGGACAGUUCGGAAACAAAUACCCAUUCGCAACGUGAUAACAGCAGCAGCAACAACUCCGAUAACGUACUCGCGAGUCCAGCAAUGUCGUCCCCAUCGAUAUCGUCGUCGACCACAAAGCUCAACACGGCAAACAGCAGUCUUGCCAACAUAUCGAAGCUGAAUUUCAGGUUCAACUAUAUCAACAACAAUAUCAACUCGCUCACCGCGGAUGAUCUCCAGGAACUGUCUAGCCCAACGGCAAUGACUGACCUCCUCGAAAUGCUGGACUCCAAGGAGAUAGAGAGACAAUCGCAAAGAAUACCCCAGCAACAACAACAACAACAACUGAUAUCCCCGCACCAGUUGGUAAACAACAGGCUCUCCACGAAACACAACUCGUUCUUGGAUAACAACCGCAACAGUAUAGCAGAUAUCCCAGACCAGUCCGCCCUAGAUGAGGUGCUCGACGAUUUUGUGUCCAACGAGUUCGACUCCAACGACCUCCUCUUCGGGAACAGCCUCAGCGAAACAGUCACCGAUGACCAGUUCCCCUCGCUGACCGACACGAGGAAUUCCAUUUCCCACAACGUCGAUUUCUGGAACAUGUCAGAGGUCCCGCAGGCAAGGGACAACUCCAAGACAGACAAACAGGCCACGGGGCAAGGUGACGGUGACGGUGACGGUGACGGUGACGUGAACGCGAAGAGAGACAGUAUCGUCACUUUGAACAACGAACUGUCGCAAGUGUUGAACGACUACAAUAUGAACUUCAACGAGGGUGAGUCAACGGCACCCACAAACACGGAAAGGUCACCCAUAGGGGACGCAGUGCUGAGGUCCCCCAGAAAUAGUUACUCUGCCCUGCGGCAGCGGUCGUCGCUGCCCACGAUAUCAAGCAACGCACUGUUCAAUAACCUGUAUGAGGGUGCCGGCGGGUUGCCCUCGGAGGGCACCAGUAACGGGAACAGUGCAGAGAACGCGCUGUUUUCAGAUACCGAGGAGAGCGACGAGGACAAGUUCAAUCUCGGGAACUCGUUAAUGACGGACCCAAUCGCGGAGACGACGACCACACAGGAGGGGAAGUUCAUCAAACCUUCGAUGAUGCUAGCCGAUACAAACACCGUCGCCGCUGAGCUCGCUAUGAAGGGAAUCUCCAAGUUUGAGACGUUCCCAACAAUAGACCCGCAGCCGUACGCGCACCCUACGAAGAUCGAGAAGAGAAGAUCGAUAUCGAAUAUGCCCUCUUUCAACAUGUCCGGCACCUCGGGCUCCCUAGUCUCAUCGUCCUCGUCGUCACUCGCGGGCGCGAGGAGGAAAUCCACAAUUGGCGUCAUACGAACCCCCUCGAUGUCGCAGGACUCGCUGAACCUCGCUGCCACGCUGGUAUCCCUGGAGGACAAACCUUUCAAGUGUGGGCAGUGUGUCAAGGCGUUCAAAAGAAGCGAACACCUGAAGCGGCACGUGAGGUCCGUCCACUCUAACGAUAGACCUUUCGCUUGCACGUUAUGCGAGAAAAAAUUUAGCAGAAGCGACAACUUAUCUCAGCACUUGAAAACGCACAAGAAACAUGGCGAUUUUUAG